AUGUCCCAGCAAGAGUGGCAGACAGGCGACCCGGCCUUGCAUGAAUUUCAAUUCCCAGAGAUCUAUCAAUCUCUCCACAACAGUAUUCCUCCAGAGCUGAUCAAUCGCUAUGAUCCUGUCUAUGUUGAGUAUUAUAAUAAAUACAACGCUGGACGUUUGCAUACCCACGAGGUUCCAAUUAAGGACUUUCGCAAGAAUCCAGCCAGGUAUCUCAUCGCGUACGGCCGUGCUCGUGGUCCCGAUGUCUAUCGCAUCACUGAGCAAAAAUGCCCCGUGAAGGGAGGCGAAAUUACUAUUCGCAUAUUUGAGCCGGCCCCAAAGCAGGAGGCUCAGGGUGAGCAAAAGAAGAAAGCAGCCUAUAUCAACUUUCACGGCGGCGGAUGGGUAUUUGGAAACCUAGGCACCGACCAUGAUUUCUGCAAGACUCUUGUUGAUGGUCUUGAUGGAAAUCUUGUUGCAUUUGAUGUGGAUUACCGACUGGCUCCUGAAAAUCCGUAUCCAAUCCCCGUAGAGGAUUGCUGGGCGGCCUUCAAUUGGAUCCGCACCGAAAAGGCAGCCGAGUUCAACCUCGAUCCGGUUCGACUAUCUGUAGGCGGUGCAUCUGCAGGUGGCCAUCUUGCAGCUGUCAUCGCUCAUCUUUGUCGCAAUGAAGGGAUCCCUCUUGGGUUACAAGUCUUGACUGUCCCCGUGUGUGACAUGCACCAAGUCUUUACACCAGACGGCGAGUUCGACCGUGAAAAUUGUCCAUACGAAUCCUAUCGAGAGAUGGAGUUUGCUCCAGCGCUUCCGGCGGCUCGCAUGGCAUACUUUCACCGACACUUCCUCGGCGUGCCUCGACCUCCACCAUCUGAAGAUGACUGGAAGAUAUCUCCCAUGCUCGCACCCGAUUUCACAAGGCUAGCUCCGGCCCUUGUCUCAACUGCCGAGCUUGACCCUUUGCGCGACGAGGGCGAGGUAUACGCAGCCAAACUUGAAGCAGCAGGGGUUCGCGUAGAAGUCAAGCGAUACCUGGGGGUACCGCAUUUACUAAGUGCUCUGGAUGGCAUUCUUGAAGGAGGGCGACAGUUCAAUGCAGCAGUGAUCGCGGCACUCCAACGGGAGCUCGUGGAGUGA